CACUGCCUCAUCCGGCUGCAGGGUAAGGACGGCCAAGGAAAUCCAUUAGUGGAGAUCGAGGACCUAAGCCGCUACGGCGUCUGGGUUAACAGCCAAAAGGUCGGACUACGAAGGAAGGCGGAGCUGAAGAAAGGUUACGUAAUUUAUUUUGCGGAUCCCAACUCUAAAGAAGUAUCACCGCUCGCGUAUAAACUCGAGAUCUUACCCAGUGGCCUGACGAAGCAGAAUGAAGAACUUCACGCACAAGUGAGCGCAGACGAAAUGUCUGUAGCUGGCCGUACUCGAAAACGUGUGCAUGAGGAGCUGCAGUGCACUCAGAGCCCCACCAAAGUGGUGCUUUCGCCUCCACGCCCUCGCCCAGUUAAGAAGUUGCGGCGCGUAAGCAUUAAUCGAAAGUCGAGCCACGACGAAGAGGACGAGCCGGCCAGUGAACCAGCUAGUGAGCAGGAUAAUACCCAAGCCACGCAACAGUCCAGUAGCUCAUCGACUAGAGCUGCCGGUAAGAGACGGCGUCGCGCUGAGGUGCCAGCUGCAGACAGCAAGCUC